UGGAAGAACAUUUCCACUUUAGUAGCUAAAGCUCCGACAGUAACCUUUCUGUCAUGUGCUAUUGAGGCUUUAUUCAGGGGUGUUGACACAACAUAGAAAGACGUCAACGAAUCAAGAACAAGGAUCUGUGGUUGCCUGGCUCGUGCUAUCUCUGUGCCGUGGUUCGGGACCGACUGCUGAGCCAGCAGAAGUGUUUGGAAAUCAAUACCAUUAAUGGGAAGUAAAGGUUUCACUUCGUGACUGGCAUCCACCCGUAGUCUAACAGAAACCAGGCCUGACCGGCACACCUCGCAUCACUACAGUUCCGGGUCGGGAGAGUGUGUGAGAGGGUGUUUAUGGGUUUGUGUUUCUCAAGCAUGCGAUGGGUAACUUUUCAGAAGAAAGUACAAAAUGAAGUAUGUUUCUGGAUUCCUUUCAAUCAUUAUUGCAUUGUUCAUCUCUUCAACAGCGGCUGGAGAUGUGCUUGUGUAUGGGCAGGUGGGAGGGACGGUCACACUCCCCAGAUCGAAGUGGGGUUCAGAAAGGGUGUUGGUACUAUGGUACCUUGGGACGGACACACAACCUUUGAUAUCCCGCAACGCCCAUGGUCGAGAGACGAUAGAUCCACAGUGGAAAGACAGGCUGUCUCUGUCAAAGACUGACUUCUCCUUGAUCAUCAACAAUAUCAGACUGGAGGACUUCAAAUCCUUCAAAUGUGAACUGAAAGAUUUCAGGCCACAACCAACUUCCGUUGUCACCACAUUCAGACUGUCCCGUGUGCGUGUACAGCCAGUCUCUCCCCUGUUGGCUGGGAAGAAUCUUAAUCUGAAGUGUGACAUAGAGGAAAUAGUUGAAGGGACACAGAGAAGAUGGCUUAGUCCCCAGAAACAAGACCCGAAAAACGACACGCGUGUCCAGAUCAAGAAUGACGGCAGCCUGACAGUAAUGAGUGUCACUGGCCAAGACCAUGGAGAGUGGACCUGUGUGGUGACAUACCAGGGCAGGAAAGCCAAUGCCAACACCCAUGUUUCUGUAAUAGACCUCUCCCCCGCUCAUCCACAGCCUAUCUACACCUCUGUCUCCUCCCUCUCUCUUCUCCAUCUGCCAUGUUUCCUUUCCAAUCCUCCUCCUCUAUCCUGGUCAGACAGCCAGGAAAAGAGCAUCCAGGGAGGCCGCUGGACCUUUACUCCAAGCCCAGCGGCAGGCUCCAACACUAGGGUUGUCCAGACCCUCGUCAACCUCUCCCUGGGGCCUCCAUUAGCCUGGGUGGUCAAUCAGAAGAGAGGGCUGGAUGUCUCAGCCCUGCAGAGGAAAAAUCUAAACCUCUCGCUGACAAAGAAAGGGGUGACGGAGGGGGACAGGGGCGAGUACACCUGCGCUGUGGAGUUCCAGAAGGAUGACACCCUGAAGAGAAGUAUUCGUGUGGAGGUGCUACAGGUGUUUUCCUCUCCAGCUCCAGUGGCCUUUGUAGGUCAGGAGGUCAACCUCACCUGCACCCUGGGCCAGCCUCUGACCUCUGACCUGAAAGUGAAAUGGAUCCCACCACGCCAAUCCUCCCUCCUCGCUUUAGGCUCCUCCCCCCACCCCGCCCAUCUCACCAUCCCGGAAGCGAGGGAUAUAAAUGGUGGGAGGUGGAGGUGUGAAUUGUGGAGGAACAAAACCAAGCUGACGUCAGUAGAGAUCACACUGAAGAUCGAGCGAGUCCCCAUGGACGUGUGGCUGUUGGUCACCAUCUGUGCCGCAGCCGUCAUCUUCAUCCUCCUCCUCAUCCUCACUGUCAUCCUCAUCCGACGCCACAGACAGCGGGUGAUGAUGCCCAGACGUGGCAAACGCAGAAUCUGCCGCUGCAAAGACCCCAAACCAAAAGGAUUCUACAGAAACUAGAGAUAUCAUACAGACCGGAAUCCCUGUCAAUGGACAAUGUCUCUACUAUUUCGUCUUGGCUAUUCUAUUCUGAUACAAAGAAAAACCAAAAGGACAAAAGAAGCAAGAAAGAAGAUGUUUUCAUGUGAUGUUUGAUAAUAGAUUUCACAGGUGUAUAUUAUCAUGCUUUAUGACCUAUGAUUGAGCUACAAUUGAACAAAUACUGUAUAUAAAUAUGUAUAGCUACUGUCGCUUUUUUUACUGUACACUGAGUAUACAAAGCAUUAAGAACACCUGCUCUUUCCAUUACAUAGACUGACCAGGUUAAUCCAGGUGAAAGCCAUCAUCCCUUAUUGAUGUCACUUUUUAAAUCCACUUCCAUCAGUGUAGAUGAAGGGGAGGAGACAGGUUAAAGAAGCCUUAAGACAAUUGAGACAUGGCUGAAUGGGCAAGACAGAAAAUGUAAGUGCCUUUGAACAGGGUAUGGUUGUAGGUGCCAGGCGCACCGGUUUGUGUCAAGAACUGCAAUGCUGCUGGGUUUUUCACGCUCAACAGUUUCCUGUGUGUAUCGCAGUGUAGGCUCCUCAGAGGACCAAAAUAAAAAUUGUGAAACAUAAAAAAAGGUAUCCUUUUUAGAAACAACUAUACUAAAUAUAUUCAUGCCACCAAAUAGUUUAUUAAAACACACUGGUCUGCAAGGAAGGUCUACAGUAGCCUCAUCAGCACUCUGUAGGGUAGCGUUUGGUUUAUUCGCCUGGUCACAGACAGCCGAUGUGUUGUGCACUGAAGUCCACAAGCGAAGGGGAGGAGAGCGCGUAGAUAGUGUCGUGAAGGAGUUAUAUAUACAACGCGCAGAGUGAUCAUGCUGUUUGUACGUGGCUGCUAUGAAAGUGAACUGUGUUUGCGUGCGAUCAGGGGUGUAAUCAUUCCGCUGAUUCUGUUGAAAAACGUUUCUUAAACAGAAGCAAACGGAACGAAACGGGGAUAAACAUACAUGAAUUCGUCCAAUAGAAACUCUCAUUUGCAACUGUUGGACUAAUGAUUACGCCCUAGAUCAGCUAGAAGCAGGCUAGAGUUCGCAAGGCGGUAUUGAAUGUGCCACUGUCUGUCACCUUGAUUAACCAAAAAUGAUCUCAACCUGUUGUAUCAACCUCAUGAUGGGUACAGGGAAAAUUCGAGGAUCAUGUAGUAGCCUAACCUAUCAAUGUUACACUGAGCUGGGUGAAUGGAAUAUGAAUGGCAGUCAUCCAAUAUGCUGUAAUAGAAAUAAGGCCAUGCUCAUAAAAUAAUCAUCCUCCCUCAUUUUAAACGGCACCGACCGCCACUGAUAUCAAGAAUGGUCCACCAACCAAAGGACAUCCAGCCAAACUUGACACAACUGUGGGAAUCUCAGACAAGUUGAAGCUGUUCUGAGGGGGUGCAACUCAAUAUUUGGAAGGUGUUCCUAAUGUUUGGUAUACUCCGUGGAUAUUGCAUAGCACUUUGUUUUAGAGUCCAUUUUUUACCCAAUAUUUUAUUAAGAGAAUGUAAUAUCUUAAUACUAUAGUUUCUCCCGGUUUCAGGUAGUGUGAGCAGACUGCUGCGUGAUCAGGCUCGUUUCACCAAGCUAGGAUUCAGCAGGCUACAAAGUUUUGCUGAAUUGUUUGAAAUAGUAACAGAGAAAAUACAGGGGUUAUUGUUGUUGUGUUAUAGGACUGUGAAAAAAAGUGUUAGAUUGUAUUUAAAUUUCUUGAAUUAAGCAAAAAUAAAAAAAUAAAAAAACAA